UCCACAAUGGAUGGGGGUGAUGGAACUGCUGACCUGGUGAUCAACAAGAGGUUUGUGUCUGAGGCGGAGCUCGAGGAGCGGCGGAAGAGGAGACAAGAGGAGUGGGAGAAGGUCCGGAAACCUGAAGAUCCGAAAGAAUGCCCAGAGGAGGCCUACGACCCACGCUCCUUGUAUGAAAGACUCCAGGAGCAGAGAGAGAAGAAGCAGCAGGAGUUUGAGGAGCAAUUUAAAUUCAAAAAUAUGGUGAGAGGCUUAGAUGAAGAUGAGACCCAUUUCCUUGAUGAGGUUUCUCGGCAGCAAGAGCUACUAGAAAAGCAACGGAGAGAAGAGGAGCUGAAAGAGCUCAACGAGUACAGAAGCACUCUCACCAAAGUGGGAGUCAGCAUGGACCCAAAGAAGGAAACUGAGAAGAAAUUGCCCAUGAAGUCAGUGGAAAGCAAGAACAAAUUCUCUCAGGCAAAGCUGUUGGCAGGAGCUGUGAAGCACAGAAGUUCAGAUGGUGGCAACAGUGUGAAGAGGUUGAAACUAGAUGGUGAUCAUGACGAGAAGAAUCAAGAAAACCCGCCCCCCUGUGUCCCCCUGGGGAGCAGCUCGGGGGGCUCAGCCCUGCACUGCCCCUCAGCCGCCGUCUGCAUCGGGAUCCUGCCCGGCCUGGGCGCCUACUCAGGGAGCAGCGACUCGGAGUCCAGCUCGGACAGCGAGGGCACCAUCAACUCCACUGGGAAGAUUGUCUCUUCUGUCUUUCGUAGCAACAGUUUCUUUGAUGGUCCAUAAGGAAACCCCCUCCGUGUGUCAUGUAGUGCAGAGUAUCUUCCAAAGCCCUGGGGGGUGCUUGAUGCAUCCUUCUGCCCCAAACAUAACCUUCCUAGCUGACCUCUCCACUUUAAUACAUGCAGAUACUCCUAAAAUAACUCAUAUCUUUUUUAUUUUUCCCCUUUUACUCCCUCCAACUUCCCGUUCCUGGGAUGCAUCCAGAGCCUGGGAGACAAGCUUGCCACCCCAAACCAGAAGGCAC